AUGUCAUCUCCCUUAAAAGCAGAUCAGAGUGUACAAACCAAUAUCCAGGCAUUCCCAGAAGAUAAGCUCGGUGUUCCCGACAAUCGACCCUCUUUCUUUCGGAGUACUCUUUGUCAAAUUCUCAUAGUAGGCCUCUGUGCCUUCUGCGCCCCAGGAAUAUGGAGUGCCAUGAACGGCCUCGGUGUCGGCGGUUCUCAGAGCCCUGACCUGGUAAAUGCCGCCAACGCCCUUCUCUACGCUUUCAUGACAGUCACCUGCUUUGCGGGGCCGUGGAUCACCAAUGUGAUCGGCUUUCGCUGGACCCUUGCCAUUGGAUCAAUUGGUUAUCCGCUGUACGCUGCAGGUCUGUACCUGAACAACCGAACCGGUGCGACCUGGCUGGUGUAUCUGGGCUCGGUGACAUGCGGUCUCAGUGCUGGGUUCUUCUGGAGUGUUGAGGGUGCUAUCGCAACGGGCUAUCCUGAGCAGCAUAAACGGGGUCGCUAUAUUGCGACUUGGUUUACCUUUCGCAAUUUCGGUAACAUUAUUGGCGGUGCCGUGUCUCUGGGAAUCAAUCACAGUGUGAACCAUCAAGGCCAGGUCGGAUAUCAGACAUACCUGGCUUUCAUCGCUAUCCAGUGUCUUGGUCUGGUUUUUGGUCUGUUCCUCUCGAACCCAGAGAAAGUCCAAAGAGACGACAACACCAAAAUUGAAGCACCACGCGGCAUCCACUGGCGUGAGGAAGCCAGGGUUAUGUGGCGAUUGGUACGAAGCAAAUCCAUUUUGCUUCUCGUGCCACUGUUUUGGUACUUUGGGUGGAUCCAGGCGUAUCCGGGUACAUAUCUCGCGACAUAUUUCACCGUACGGUCACGGGCACUCGGCAGCUUCAUGUCUGCUGUUGUGGGUACACUGGCGACAUGGCUCGGCGGGUCACUCGUGGAUCUACCGUGGCUCAAGAGCCGCAAGACGCGGGCUAUCAUCACCUACGGUCUCAUUGCAAUUCUUAACAGCACGACCUGGAUCUGGGCCGUCGUGAUUCAGGAUGAAUACCGACAUACUAACCCCGUCCUGGACUGGGGCGACCAGCACGCCUUUGGCCGUGGAUUUGGAUUAUAUCUCUUUGAAAGGAUCAGUCUGGGCUUGGUUGAGAAUUAUAUCUACUGGUGCAUUAGUAACUUAUCGGACUCGCCCGGAGAUCAAAUUCGAUACAGCUCGUUGCUGAGGGGCAUCGAGACGGCUGGUGUUGCUGUUGGCUUCGGUGUACAGGCUGUUCCGACGGCGCUGAUUGCCACGGCGAGCAUUAAUUUUGGAUUGUGGUUUCUUGCAUUGCCUUUUAGUUAUUAUGCGACCUUGCAGGUUGUACGCAAGUUUGAGCGUUUAGCGCAACAGGCCGAGGACUCGGGAGAGGAAGAGAGAAGAGUUUCUGCAUCUUGA